AUGGACCUGCAGGUCGUUGUGAACGCGGUCACAUAUGUUAUUACGCCAGAGGAUGCGCCUGUGCCAUUAUGGAGGGAUAUACGCAUGAUACCUGUCUACGUUGCAGCCGUAUCGAUGGUCAUUGCGGUCCUUUCGUCAAUAUCUCGCGCCUUGCAUAGCACACUUUCGGAGGUCACCCACCCACACCAGCAAAACAUUACCCCCAAAAGCCUACGCGCGCAUAUCCUCUCGCUCGGUGGAAUCAGGAUAUAUGCCUUUAGAGUCGCUCGGACAAUAAGUAUAUUCGCCCUACUCUUUCUCUACGCGUACGAGUUCGUGCGCGACGUCAAGUCGCGCGAUCACCCGGGACAUAUGGCGAAGGACGAGAUACUCGGCCUUGUGCUCUUCUUGACCUAUCUUUACGCAUCCGGUCUGGCUCUUCUCAACAUCGUAGCGGAAGCACCAUUAGCUCGGACAGCUGCGCCCCACCUGGUGCUCAUCCUGCUCGCGAGCAGCGCAGUGUACGGCUUCCGUGACAUAUGGCCACUCAUGACCUACACACUCCGACCAGUCGAUGCGCAGGCAGGCGCACUUCUAUGGGUCAAGAUUGCUUUACUCGCUGUGGCGGGAAUCGUCAUCCCGCUCAUUGUUCCCCGGCAAUAUGUCCCUGUGGAUCCAGAGAACCCAUCUGCAGAACCCAAUCCGGAGCAGACAUGCUCGCUCUUGUCGUUGCUCACGUACAGCUUCUUGGACAAGCCCAUAUUCACCGUGUACCACAAUCCUCAGUUAGCCUCCGAAACACUACCCGAGAUUGCAGACUACGAUCGCACAGCACACCUCGUGGACCGCAGUUUCAAGCACCUGGACGUCUUCUCGGGUGCUCCACGCCAACAUAUGUUCUUCGCACUCAUGCGCAUCUUCAGGGUGGAAUAUAUAAUCCUUUCUUUAUUGAUGAUUGUGCGCGCUUGUACUUCACUCUUUGCGCCUGUGGGCAUCAAUCGGCUUCUUGCAUAUCUUGAGUCGGGCGGAGAAGGCGCAAUGGUGCGGCCAUGGGUUUGGUGUCUAUUCAUGUUUCUGGGUCCCUUUGUGGGCACCGUGACGAUGCAGUACUAUACUUUCACUACCACCGGGACGAUGGUGCGGGCCGAAGGCAUCAUCACACAGCUUGUCUUUGAGCAUGCCUUGCGCUUGCGCGUGAAGUCGGAGACGGCGAGCACACCCCCACCGUCUGCGACGCAGACCCCGGAGACUGCGUCCAUCGUAGAAACAGACUCCGGAACCGUCGUCGGAGAGGGUUCUGAAUCCGGGACCUCUCAUCAGGGAGAGGCGAGCUCUUCAACCGCCGUUUCCUCGACGUCCCAAUCGAGCAACAAAGAUUUGGGCAAGGUCAGCGACCAGAAGGACAAUGCUGGCAAGGAGAAAGAAAAAGAGAAAGAGAAGGGCGAUAACUUUGUCGGCAAGAUCAAUAACCUGGUCACCACGGACUUGCAAAGCAUCGUGAACGGCCGCGACUUCACCAUGGCGGUCGUGUUCACCCCAGUAACGAUCGGCAUAUCCCUAUACUUCUUGUACCUGGUGUUAGGCUGGAGCGCUUUCGUCGGAAUGGGUGUCAUGGUCGCAUGCUUACCCAUACCGGCAUACCUUGUGAAGAAGUUGCAGGAGGUACAGAAGACGCUCAUGAAGAAGACGGACGCGCGGGUUCAAGCAGCUACUGAGAUGAUGGGUGUCUUGAGGAUGAUUAAGAUGUUCGGCUGGGAGGGGAAGAUUGCAGAGCGCCUCAGCGUGAAGCGCAUUGACGAGCUUCGCUGGCUGCGCACUUCGGAGAUGAUUGACCUCGGUAAUGACGGUGUCACUCUCUUUAUGCCUGUCUUCCAGAUGUUAGCCACCUACGGGACGUUCACGUUGGUGAUGGGAGGCCGGCUCACACCCUCUAUCGUAUUCCCGUCGAUGUCCGUCUUCAUGCUGCUUCGAAAUCAUAUGAGCAUGUUCUUCUACUUCGCCUCGCCUAUCAUCAAAGCAAAGGUAUCUUUGGACCGUGCAACAGAGUUCCUUCGCGAGACGGAGUUACUGGACCGGUAUGCGCAGAUACGCGACAAACCGACCUCGGACGACCUUCUUCUCGGACAGCCCGCAGAUUCCGCAGUCGUUGGCAUGUGCGACGCGUCAUUCACUUGGGCUGCAGCCUCAUCUUCGUCCGAUGGCACACAGACCCCCUCGCGACGCACUUUCACUCUGCGUGUGCCGGGAGAGCUCAUUCUCGAGCGGGGCAAGAUCAACAUCAUUGUCGGACCGACAGGCAGCGGCAAGACAAGCUUAUUGAUGGCUUUGCUCGGCGAGAUGCACUUCAGUCCACUCGUAGGCGGAGCAUGGGUGAAUCUUCCGCGCACGCGUGGUAUCGCGUACGCCGCCCAAGAGAGUUGGGUUCAAAAUGAGACUAUCCGCGACAACAUCCUCUUUGGCGCUCCCUAUGAGGAAGUUCGCUACAAAAAAGUCAUACAUCAAUGUGGAUUGAAGCGCGAUCUGUCCCUCUUCGAGGCUGGCGACAAUACCGAGGUCGGCGAGAAGGGUCUAACUCUCAGUGGUGGCCAGAAGGCGAGAGUAACGCUUGCCCGCGCUAUCUACUCGUUUGCGGAUGUGCUCCUACUGGACGACGUGCUGGCGGCCUUAGAUGUACACACCGCUAAGUGGAUCGUCGACAAGUGCUUUAAGGGCGAUCUCGUCCGUGGUAGAACGGUGCUGCUAGUGACACACAACGUCGCCCUCGCUGGUACCAUCGCCGAUUACGUGGUUUCCCUUGGAAGUGAUGGCGCCAUCGCCGCCAGAGGAUCGUACAAGGAGGUCCUUGCUAAGGACAAGGAGCUGGCUGAUGAGGUCGCCCAAGAAACAGAGAUCCUCGCGAAGGUCGACGAGGAAAUCGAAGAGCCUGAGGAUUUGGACGACCCCGCGACUGCCAAGACCGACGGAAAGUUGAUCGUGAAGGAAGAAGUCGCGGAAGGUCAUGUCUCCCUGCACGCUCUGAACCUCUUCUGGGCGGCUCUGGGCGGCAAGCACCCUGUACUAUUUUGGCUCUCUUUCUUCGUUUUCAUCUUCGGAUAUCACAUCCUUGCGAGCUCCCAGUCAUUUUGGCUAGGUCGCUGGGCAGACGCAUAUUCACGCCCGGGAGAGGUCGAUGUCAUCUACUACAUGGCCAACUUCGUCCUACUUGUUGCAUGCACCACAGUUUCGUACCUCAUCUACAGCGCCACCUACGUAUUUGGGAUCCUUCGAGCAGCGAAGAAGAUUCACGCCCUCCUCAUCGACUCCAUCCUUGGCACAACACUGCGAUGGCUGGACCAAACACCAGUGUCAAGGGUGAUCACCCGCUGUACGAAGGACAUCAAAGCGAUUGAUGGACAGUUUGCGGGAGAAUUCCGCUGGCUCAUGAGCGUCACCGCGCAAUUGAUCACCCAGCUCGUCGCCAUCGCGCUCAUCACUCCCGCCGUAGUCUUCCCUGGCAUCGCGGUCUUCUGCGUCGGCGCUUGGUUUGGUAACAUCUACAUGAAGGCACAAUUACCGGUGAAGCGCGAGAUGAGCAACAAGAAGGCGCCUGUGCUCGGUCACUUUGGCGCUGCUAUGACUGGUCUUACAUCCAUUCGGGCAUACGGCGCGGAAGCCGCAUUCCGCAAAGAGUCGUACAAGCGCAUCGAGAACUAUACGCGUUCGGGUAGGAUGUACUACAACCUGAAUCGUUGGAUCAGCACCCGAAGCGACGCGCUCGCCGCCCUCUUCCCGUCUGGUCUCGGGGUCUACAUGGUUUAUGGGCCAGGUGCCGCAGCCAUCGGUGCAUCCAAUGUCGGGUUCUCGCUCGCCAUGGCUGCUGCAUUCAGUAACAUGAUACUGUGGUGGGUCAGAGUGUUCAACGACUUCGAAGUCGAGGGCAAUAGUCUCGAGCGCAUUCAGGCAUACCUCGAGAUCGAGCAGGAGCCGAAGCCCGUGAAGGAGAAGGUGCCGCCGGCAUCAUGGCCAACUAGCGGUGAACUGCGUGUUGAAGGACUCUCUGCGCGUUACUCCCCGGAAGGUCCCAAAGUCCUUCAUGACAUAUCGUUCACCGUACAGUCCGGAGAGCGUGUCGGCAUCGUCGGUCGCACCGGCAGUGGAAAGAGCUCUCUCACACUUUCGCUCUUGCGCUGCAUCUAUACCGACGGCGACGUCUACUACGAUGGCGUCAACACGGCAAACCUUAACCUCGACGUCUUGCGGACCAACGUCACCAUCAUUCCUCAAGUCCCCGAGCUGUUGAGCGGGACGCUGCGCGAGAACCUGGAUCCGUUCAGCGAGCAUGACGACGCAGUGCUCAACUCGGCGUUGCGCGCAUCAGGUCUAUUCUCUCUACAGAGUGAGACGGACGAAGGCCGCAUCACGCUCGACUCGCAGAUCUCGAGCGGUGGCGGCAAUCUCAGCGUCGGUCAACGUCAGAUCCUUGCGCUUGCCCGCGCACUUGUGCGUGGUAGCAAGCUGCUCAUCUUGGACGAAGCGACGUCCUCGAUCGACUACGAGACGGAUACCAUCAUACAGUCCUCACUUCGCAACGAGCUCGGCGGCGACGUGACGCUUCUCACCGUCGCCCACCGUCUGCAGACGAUCAUGGACGCUGACAAGAUUAUGGUUCUUGACGCUGGUCGAAUCGUCGAGUACGACAGCCCUAAGGUCCUCCUGAAGAAAGAGGGCGGGUUCCUGAAGUCGCUCGUGGACGAGAGUGGUGACAAAGAUGCGCUGUACGCGAUGGCGGGUGGGGUCGUCGAUGCAAAUUAG